GAGGGGGAUUCUGAUUUUCAACUGGGUGGCUCGAGCCCUGGCCGACAGCCGUGGUACAUCGAGCCCUGGCCGACAGCCGUGGUACAUCGAGCCCUGGCCGACAGCCGUGGCACAUCGAGCCCUGGCCGACAGCCGUGGCACAUCGAGCCCUGGCCGACAGCCGUGGCACAUCGAGCCCUGGCCGACAGCCGUGGCACAUCAGACAGUAUACCACCGUAUCCAACCGGGAAGCAGUGGAGGCGGGUACGUUGGGCUCCCAGGUUGUCCGAGGCCACAUUCUGACAGUCAGAGACCGAGAGCAAGCUCUGCCGCACCCUUUCUCUACCGCGCACAGGUAAACUGCGGCCAAACGACCAAAGUCACUCGAAAGUCACAUUUGGAUUGUAAUUUUUGGCCAAAUGUAUGGAUUAAACAAAGACUAAACUCGUGUCUGGAAGCGGAUAUGAAGGGAUAGGCACUAAGACCAAAGAGAAGGGACAACGUCUCAGCCCACACACGAUUGGAGGAGAUAGACGUCAAUCAAACUGGACGCCGUCCAUUCCCUCCCACCCCUCAUGGCGAGACCACCCCCAACCCACCAAUAGGGCGAGUCCCAUCCACACGAACCCCCGCCACCACUCAUCCGUCCGGACAAUCCAAUUGGUCCCCCUCACUCCACUUAACUCCUGCCCACUCUACGCUCCACCCCAUCUGAUUGGUCAAGAUGGACAAGUUGACAGACGAUGUCCCCGGGUGCUACUACAACCGUACAGUGCAGUUCUUCUACGAACAUAGUGGCAAGAACAUCAGUGCCCACUGGCGUCCUCGGGACUACGUGGUGGUGAGCCUGGGCAUGGGUGUGUCUGUCAUCGUCAUCCUGGCCAACAUCCUGGUCAUGGUGGCCAUCUUCAUCAACCGACGUUUCCACUUCCCUAUCUACUAUCUGCUAGGCAACCUGGCGGCAGCAGACCUGUUCUCAGGUAUCGCCUACCUGCACCUGAUGUUCCACACUGGGCCCUGGACCAUCAAGCUGUCCAAGAACCAGUGGUUUGUACGCCAGACCCUGAUCGACUCCAGUCUGACAGCAUCGGUGUUGAACCUCCUGGCCAUCGCCUUGGAGCGCCACCAGACCAUCUUCACCAUGCAGCUCCACAGUAAGAUGACCAACCGCCGCGUGGUGCUGCUCAUCGCCCUUAUCUGGGGCCUAGCCAUCUUCAUGGGCCUGGUUCCCACCAUGGGCUGGCACUGUGUGUGUGACCUGGAAAACUGUUCCACCAUGGCCCCCAUGUACAAACGCUCCUACCUGGUGUUCUGGGCUGUGCUCAACCUGUUCACCUUCUCUCUCAUGGUGGCUGCCUACACCAGGAUCUUUGUGUAUGUCAGACACAAGAGCCAGAGGAUGUCUCAGCACACCAGCCAGAUACGACACAAGGAGACUGUGUUCAACCUGAUGAAGACGGUUUCUAUGAUCCUGGGUUGUUUUGUGAUCUGCUGGACCCCGGGCCUGGUGUUGUUGAUGUUGGAUGGUCUGGGCUGUGAAUCUUGCCAGGUGCUGCGUUAUGAGAAGUACUGUCUGGUCCUGGCUGAGUGUAACUCCCUGGUCAACCCCAUCAUCUACAGCUUCAGAGACACGGACAUGUUACAGACCUUCAAGCGGAUCCUCUGCUGCCUGUGUCGCCGUGGCGACGCCGGCCGCAAAGACACGCUGUCCGGCAUGCGCUGCAACACCCUGGAGCAAGAGAGAGAAAGAGACGUUCUACAUCGCCAAGACUUGAAUGAGUCCGGUUGAGUAAGACCAGCCCCCCGCGGUCAAUGUUUUGGUCUUCAGCUGGGUCCAUACUGGACUCUGAUAAUGCAACUGUUUUCCAUACAGACCUUCUAUAUAGUGACAAUGUCUCUGGAACGUUGUUGGAACGUUGUAGGAAGGCUGUCUGCCAACCCCUGGACAGCCUGGUGGGAUGUGAACCAGAUGUUAAAGUGGUUCAAACAGGUCUGACUAGUUGUCAUGUUUCCUGUGACCUGUAGCUAUGGCAUGUACACACACACACACACACACACACACACACACACACACACACAAACAAACACACGGCUGACUCAUCACUGUGUCGUUGCUCUCUGUGUGGAGACACAGGAGUGUGUGUGUGUGUGUGUGUUUACAGUACCCCACACAAACACCAGUUAAACGUUUACACAUCCUGUCAGUGAUGUCACUAAUGGAGAACAAACGGCACAAUUACAGGCAGGGGCGGAAACAUUUCAGUGUCGCACGCUAUUCUGCACUAACUCUGGUGUGACAGUGAAAUAUGUUCCCCUCGUACUUACCCUACCCCACCCAUGACACGGACUGUCAUUUUGUUUUACACACACACACACACACACACACACACACACA